AUAUGAAGAAUGUAAUUUUAAACGGAAUUUUUCUUGUAUUACGAUUUUACACAGCUUUUUAGAAGAGGGCAUAAGGAGUGUCAAACACGGGCAUAAGGAGUGUCAAACACACAUGGUUCACACAAUCCUUUCAUCCUCCUGAACUCAAUAGGUUCCACUGGAAUCGUCAACAAUGCAGCUAUCUGUUGUACAUAUAAAUGCACCUGUACUGCAAGCGGCCUGGGUGUAGCGUGAAUUUGGACUCGUUGGACCCGCUGGACCUGUUGACUGAAAAUACGAGAUCUGUUGGGCAGACACGUAAUAGACUUGAUGAUAGGUCGUUAGAUAGUCGUAUUUUUCCAUCGAACGUCAGUCGAAAUCCGUUAGAGCCGACUUCAUUACAAGAUAAGUGAUAUUACUGGACGAGUUCCGAUGGCAAUUCACCCGCAAGUUAGGGGAAGAGGCAAACAACGUCCCCACGCCAAGUUAAAUGCAUUUACACCGUGUGGACUCGUUAAGAACAAGACCAAAUCAAUUACCGACUCGGCACCAAGUCUACUACAUGCACAAUAAGGGGCGCGUUGAACUGCAAAAUACUUUGCAUGAUCAUACAUACGAGUGACAAACAACAAUAACCUAAACCAGCAUACUAUUGUGCUAUUAAUCCUAGGGCUGUAUUGCAACUAUAUAAAUAAGUCCAACGAGCCUAGUAGCAUUAACAAAGCUACACGUCGCUGAUGCGCUCAGAAGCUGUUCAAGGCUUCCACGUAACUAGUUUGGUAUCGUCUGUCUGUUCAUUUGAAGCAUAUUUGGGGAUUUGCAACUGUAAUCCAGACGUAUUUGUUGACUGCUGCUCGUUUACGACAGAGAGAUAACAAUCGUGUGUAAACCUUGUACAAGACAACAAAAGACCCUUUCAAGAACAAGCCUUCGUAAACUGUGACAUUGGCCACAGCUUUCAACAAGAGUGAGCUCGCCAUCUAGCAAAUAUCACUACAAAGCCAGCCACUGUGAAUUCGGAGUCGAUCACUGCGUAGCGACAAACUCCACCGCUGUACGAUCGGUCACUGAUAUUUAAGUCACCAACUUUUUCACCAUGAGCGAAGAGUUCAUCACCGGAGUGAAGUAUGCCUUGACAAUUUGCGCUGCAUUGGCGGCCAUGUUGAAUCUCUUGGUGUUAGCUGUGUUUGUUCGCACCAGAAGCCUGAGAAUGAAGCACUAUGGGUUCCUCAUCAACCUGACACUUGCCGACUUGUUCUAUGCCGUCAUGGCGAUUGCCUACACCUGGGCAGAAUCUGAAGUUGUCUUCGUCAUCUUCUUCUCGGGUUACUUUGUGGGUGUUUGGACCAUCCUGGCUGAGGCAAUCAACCGCUACCUGGCGGUAUCCUUGUGGACACGACAGGCAAGCUAUCAUGCGCUGGUCAGCAAAAGUCGCUUGCUGGUUGUUUGCGUUUUCAUUUGGGUGGUGUCCUUUGCAGUGGAGAUCCUGCCAGCUUUCCUGGCCAACGCUGACGUGUACGCAGUCAUCGAAGGAGUGGUCAAGCCGGCAGUGGUCUUCCUGUUUUGGUUGAUAACUGCUGUCCUCUAUGUCAUUGUGUUCCGUAAAAUUCGACCUGUACACGCCGCAUUCGAAUCGACUUCGCCGUUGCAACCGAGCGAGGAACAAGCCCGCCUUCGAAUGAGCCAGAUUCAACUCUUACUGGUUACAUUCUCACUCAUUCUUGUCACGUCUUUCGUCUGCUGGAUGCCGUUCAGCGUGAUCCAACUGGUACAAUUUCUUCACGGGGAUCUGAAGAACCUUGAGGCGGCCUACUGGAUGUCCGGUACUGUCUACUGUCUGGCACCGCUGAUCAACCCUUGCAUCUACUGGUUGCGACUGGCGGGAUUCAGAGAAGGCUUCCGUAAACUGUUCUGUGGAUGUUUGACACAGGAGCCUAGCCCUAUUCUUGAGGCUGAACACUCAACCUUAGAUGGAGACCUGUGAAUAAUUACUGAAAAAAAUCAUGGGUAAAACGGUGGGAAAGAAUUCCAUUCCAUUCCAUAUCACUCGACACCUUCCAAACAACCUAUGAGACUGGUCUAAAAAAUUAUGUUUUCUAAGUGACUAUCAAUUUACGCAUCAUUAUUCUUCCUGCUAAAUUUGACGUUUUAAGACAUGUUUUCUCAUUCACGGCAUUCUGUCGGCUAAUGUAUCACUGAAGGGGAAAAGUUAGUUAUGCCCAUGUAUAGCAGUCUAAACUUCCUCCAAAAUGCUUAACUUUGCUUACAAAUUUACAAUGGAAUAAUUGGAAUAAACGAAGACGUAUUUUAACAGAUUUGAAUAUUAAUCCUUACCGAUUUAAUCUUCAUUAAUGUUUGAUCAAGAAAAAUGGUGGUGGUGAAGAAGAAUUACCUAAUGGAUGACGUUUGCAAGAUAAACUUUCGCCGAAGACUGACUGUAUGUCAACUUGUACCCAUUCGGUCGAUCGAAACACAGAGGUCAGAAUAAUUCCAGACCACUUCAGAGUGGUUCGAGUCCUGAGACCAAUCUUACUGUCUCUCUCUUCACGAACUACUGUACCUGUCAAUAUUUAAUAGGUUUUCGAGUCACAGACUUAAAUAUGGAGUCAUUGUAAUUCAGCUUGUGAUGUUCUUGGGGUUAGGAGUCAACAAAUUGAAUCUUAUUUAUAUAAAUUAAACAUUGAUGAACUUUAAAUAAUUCACUUUGAAAUUAUUGUAGAUAUAAUAUGCUUGUAAUAACAUCACACGUGUCAUCGUAUAUUCGAAUUGUAACUAACACGUCUUUAAAACAUUUCAGUUGAUAUGUAUUUCCCAACACUUCGCAAUUUUUAUGCAAAUGCAGUUUUCUUUUCCUAACAAUAAAAAAAGACAUAAUUCUCCUCAGGUAAUUGGGCAUCGCUCAUAUCGGGUUUGUAGUGGUCCAUCUUCUCCUUUUUUUGUCUCAUAGACAAUAAUUCUCCUUGGCGUUAAUGCAUAAAAUUUGCAACUCUAAACAAACAUCAACCCUGAUUGCUAAAGAUUGUGACGUAACAACAUCAUUAGGUAUCAAAUUUUAAGCAAUAUCGGUUAAAACGACCACCUUCACCAAACCAAACGACCACCACCAAAUAAAAUGAGUGAUCGACAUGUGAAAUAAAUGUUUCCAAUUAAUUUCUUUGUUAGAGUGGUUACCCUUUUCUUAUAAAUAAGAUGGUGUGUCUC